CCUCAGCCUGCACUUGCUGUGUGAUAGCUCUCUUCUUCUCACCACUCCCACCUCAGCACUGAGAGCAGCGCACUAGCCAGGCUCAGGAGCAGAGCAAGCACUCAGCUGGCCGGGGAUCACUUCUAGCUUCACCUGGUGCCGUCUGGGGUCACUUCCAGCUGCAAUCCUAAACUUGGGUGGACAUCACAAGUUUGGGGGGGAGGCUUGUCCCCUUUGCUCCCCCCCUAUUGUUUGUGCCUCUGCCUGGCACCAAUCACAUCGGCAGGAGGGACCUAGAGAGGAGGAGCCGGUAGACCUUGCCUUGCGAACCAUGUUUUCCCCUCCUGUCAGCAGUGGGAAAAAUGGACCAACUUCGCUGGCAAGUGGACAUUUUACUGGCUCAAAUGUAGAAGACAGAAGUCACUCAGGGUCCUGGGGGAACAGUAACCAUCCGAGUCCCUCCAGAAAGCUGUCAUGCAGUGUGCAAGCCAGUGUGCAUAGCCAUCCACCCCGGAGGUGGCUGCAUAAUUAUGGGGAUGGUGCUCACUAUGAACAUAUGACCAGCAGGGACAUGAGCUCACAUUCACAUGACAAUCUAUCGCCACCGUUUGUCAAUUCAAGAUUACAAAGUAAAUCAGAAAGAGGUUCAUACUCAUGUUAUGGAAGAGAUUCUGAGUUGCAGGGCUGUCAUCAGCAAAGCCUUCUUGGAGGCGAAAUGGACAUCAGCAAUUCGGGAUCCCUCUCACCCACAAAACCUGGAUCACAGUACUAUCCGUAUUCUAGCAAUAACACCCGAAGGAGGCCUUUCCACAGCAGCUCAAUGGAAGUGCAAGCAAAGAAAGUUAGAAAAGUUCCCCCAGGAUUACCUUCCUCAGUCUAUGCCCCAUCAGCAAGCACUGCCGAUUACAAUAGAGAAUCACCAGGUUAUCCAUCAUCAAAGCCAGCCGCCAGCACGUUUCCUAGUUCCUUCUUCAUGCAAGAUGGUCACCAUACCAGUGAUCCUUGGAGUUCAUCUAGCGGAAUGAACCAGGCUGGUUAUGGGGGAAUGUUAGGAAAUUCCUCUCAUAUUCCACAAUCAAGCAGCUAUUGCAACCUGCAUCCUCAUGAUCGCUUAAGCUACCCAUCACACUCAUCAACAGAUAUCAAUUCAAGUCUUCCGCCAAUGUCCACUUUUCAUCGCAGCAGUACGAAUCAUUAUAGUUCCUCAUCUUGUACACCACCAGCCAAUGGAACAGACAGCAUUAUGACGAGCAGAGGAAGCGGGGGUGCAGGGAGUUCGCAGACCGGCGAUGCACUUGGGAAAGCACUUGCAUCUAUUUAUUCUCCAGAUCACACCAACAACAGUUUCUCAUCAAACCCUUCAACUCCUGUUGGUUCCCCACCUUCUCUAUCAGCAAGCACAGCUGUUUGGUCAAGAAAUGGAGGACAGACUUCCUCGUCUCCUAACUAUGAAGGCCCUUUACAUUCCCUGCAAAGUCGAAUUGAGGACAGAUUGGAAAGACUAGAUGAUGCAAUUCAUGUUUUACGGAACCAUGCUGUAGGGCCUUCAACAGCAAUGCCGGGCAACCACAGUGAUAUGCACGGAUUAAUAGGACCAUCUCACAACGGAGCCAUGGGAGGCCUUGGGUCAGGAUAUGGAACUGGCCUUUUAUCAGCAAACAGACAUUCUCUAAUGGUUGGAGCACAUCGUGAAGAUGGUGUCAGUCUUCGAGGAAGCCACUCUCUUGUGCCAAACCAGGUUUCAGUCCCACAGUUACCGGUCCAGUCUGCUACAUCACCAGACUUAAAUCCUCCACAAGAUCCAUAUAGGGGAAUACCAACUGGGCUUCAAGGGCAGAAUAUGUCUCCGGGAAGUUCUGAAAUCAAGUCAGAUGAUGAAGGAGAUGAAAACCUCCAAGACUCAAAAUCUUCUGAUGACAAGAAAUUAGACGACGACAAGAAGGAUAUCAAAUCAAUUACGAGGUCAAGAUCUAGGACAGACUUCUCAAGCACUAUGGCUGACAGCAAUAAUGAUGAUGAAGAUUUGACACCAGAGCAGAAAGCGGAGAGGGAGAAGGAAAGGAGAAUGGCAAACAAUGCUCGUGAGCGUCUCCGUGUACGCGAUAUCAAUGAGGCGUUCAAGGAGCUAGGACGAAUGGUGCAGCUACACCUAAAGAGUGAUAAACCCCAGACAAAGCUCCUAAUACUACAUCAGGCUGUUGCCGUCAUCCUUAGUUUAGAACAGCAAGUACGAGAAAGGAAUUUAAACCCUAAAGCAGCAUGUCUGAAACGGAGAGAAGAAGAGAAAGUCUCAUCCGAUCCUUCCCCUUUAUCCUUGGCAGGACCCCAUGUUGGGAUGGGUGAUGCAUCAAAUCAUUUGGGACAAAUGUAAAAAGGUCCAAGCUUUUUGUGUUUCUUCGUUUAGACAAGAAGCCACUUCCUUAACAGAUGUAUUAUCUUAAAUCCACAUAAACAUUUAUCCUUUAUUCCUUUUUGUAAAAUAAGACAAAUCUGAAAAGUUACAGUAUGCAUCACAGACGCAAGCGGUUUCAGCAUUCCCGACACAAGAAAAUGCAACUUGUGGAAAACUCUUAACAUUUCAUACAGAAUGUUACAAAGUGUGUUGCAAGCUGUAAUAAGACUGAAUGGUAAUUUACUCCACGCUGUGGAAUAAUGCAUUUGUGCCUAAACUUAUUUUGAAAAAAACAAAAACAAAAAAAACCCACAAAAAAAUAUAAUUAAUUUGUAAGUCUGAAAAAAAUUAUUUAAUUUAAAAUUGUAAACUUGCAAUAAUGAAAAAGUGUACUUCUGGAGGACAAAAAAGAGACAGUUUUUGGUGGUGUUGUGUUUCGCUAGUGUUUAUACUUACUGGAUAGAAAAAGCGAAGCUUUGCUGCCCAGAUCUUUACAAAACCAGCAAUCGACUGAUUGAAAUUUAGUGACGACAUUAGCCAUUCCUUAGGGUAGGAGAAACAGAUGGAUAUUAUAGACCUAUGACAAAUAUAUAAAUAUAUAUAUAUGAAAAAUGUAGUGACUAUGGUAUGGUUAAUUUGUUUAAAAGCGGUUUUGCUCCUGUAUAAAUAAUAAUGAUUAACUUUUUUAAGAAAGACUUUACUGUAAAUAUGGAUUUUUUUUUUCUGUCCUUUUUUUCCCUCUUUUUGUUAUUGCAACUUGUAGUGUGAACUCUCUGCAUUGCAAGGUAUUGCGUAAUAAUAUGCAGAGCCCAGUGUUGCUUCUCAUUCAUUUAUUGAGUCUAUUGGGAAUGCAGGUUUGAAGUCACACCGUGUAAAUAUUACGAGUAGCAAAGACUGGCAUGUUGAAUUUGCCGUUGUGUAAAGCUGCUCAUCUGAGCACAUUCUGGGAUUUUUUUCAUAGGUACAAGGUCAGAACGCUACAAAAUGUUACCACUGUGCCUUCCAAUGUUUAUAUCAUCAUAAAAGCAACAUAAUCUAAGUGGCUGUGAUAUAGCUAAUUACUCUUGUGAUCUACAAAUGUAGCUAAAAGUAUGCAACAAGACGUUUCUGAUAAUGGUUGGAAUAUUUAAUAGAUGUGAAGUGGGAGAAUUUCAGUCAAGCUUGGUUGAAUCACUCUUGUUGCCUUAUCCUCGGGUUUUGUAAAAUGGCAUUUCCAAUCAUAAAUCAAUGUAAUGGCGAAUCUUAUAGGUUUGAAAACAUUACGUUGCAUUUUUCCUGAGGAGUACGGUAGCAACGUUUUCUUGAACCAGUAUGAAUGCAGUUUAUAAUUUAUCAUAAAUUUACAGUGUGGUAUUAUGUUCUAGCUCAACACAAAAGUGGGAUAUUGAAACUAAAUCCCACUGCAAAAUCUUAGAUGAUUGAAUUAUUUAUGCAAAAUAUUUUACAUGCAAUGCUUAUCAUGAAGUAAUUGUUUGACCCAUAUGAUCUCAAAUUCCAGAUUCCAUUUUCUAGCCACACAAAACAUGGCAUAUGUUUCUCUUGUUUAAGUAAAUUCUCCACAAUUAGCCGAAGAAGACACCAUAAAACGGUCUAAACGUCCAUCUGUUCUCCAAUUAUUAUAUACAUUAGAAAUGACAAUUGCAUUUGUAAAUUUUAUGCGACAAAUGGCAAACGUAUCAUUAUUUUGAAAUUGUGUAUGUAAAAGUUAUAUUUUUACAUGUAGACUAUUGUUAUUCUGUGUUUUAAUAUGUUGUAUCAGUUUCUUUUGUUAAAAAAAAAAUCUGUGUGGUUGACAAAAAAACUUUUAAAACAAAAUAGUGAGAUACAAUGAUAUGAAUUUUAUGUUCAUUUAAAGAAAAAAAAUCAAAAAGAACAAAUUUGAUAGUGACCCUAUAAUCAUUUGCAUAUUCAUAAACAGUUCAGUUUCUUCAUUUGUGUGAUGAAAGCCUGUAAAUAUGUUCAUUGUGGCAAACGAAAUGCUGUCAUAGGUUUUAUACAUUUUUAAAAUGUGGAGGUGGAUAUAAAUAGGAUGUAAAGUUAUUUUAGCUACUGUAAUUCAAGUCUUCUAAUACAAGAAUCAUAGGCAGAUAUGUCAGAUAAGUCAAACUAGUUAUCUUCUACGGGUGUCUUCAAUCAGAGGCACACCUAACUGCCCAAUCAUGUUGUGAUGUCACGGUGCAAAUGGAACAAAGAUAAAUUGGGAACAAAGUAAUAUUUGUCUAAGGGGUAUGCAAUAUAUCAUGUCUUGGCUAGAAUGACAUAUCUUUCUUAUGAAGUAUCAUUUUAUGAAUAUCAAUUUAUAUUCACCAUAAAGGAUGUAUAUUUUAUUAUAAAGCUUUCAGUUUUAUGUUUUUGUUUUGUUUGAGUCUAUCCAUAUAUUAUGGAAGAAAUAAAUGGCAGUUUAUUAUUUCUAUAUAGUUCUAAAGGACCAGAGAUCAUUUAUACAGAAACUUUUUUUUUUAUAGACUGGAAAACUUUUUAUUUUUAAUUUUUUUUAUUUUGAUGAAUUUGAACUGCCUGGCAUUGAUCUGUAGGGAAUAUGAUCACAAUAUGCACAUAAUCACAAAAUAAUACAAAUAUAACUAUAAGUAUGCACAGUAGUUUUAAAUCUAUUUAAAGAAAAAAAAGUGGUGCUUUCAUUUUCUAAAUCAAGUUUUUUGAGUGUUUUAUUAAAUCAACUUUGAAAUAUUGUAGUUUAGUUGUAGGGACUAACAUUGUCUUUACAUUUUUAUAUAAUCUAAAUUCAGAACAACUCCUUACCAAACAGUAUAAAACUAUUUGUGCAAUGUGUUGUGUUCAUGUAUUGCCUAGUUAUCUGAAACGUUAAAGUAAAAUUUGCCUUUUAACCUAUUUUUAGAGUUUCAUAUGUAUUUUGGUUACAUAGAUUUGGAAGGUUUUGUUUUUUGUUCAGCGCUAUAUGUAAAUGCUCAGCUAUUUUAAUAGGUAAGAUAUGUUAAAGUUGGAGCCUAGACUUCACUAGACUACAAUACCUUAAAGAUACCUGAAAGGGACUUUCUUUAUUUAUCCACCUCCACAUUCAAUUUGAUAAUGGGUUCAGAUAAUAAGCAUCUGUCCACAUAUGGAAAUUUCCAAAAUCACUUAAAUAUAAGAAAUACAAAUGGUUAGUACAAUUUUUUGUAAUCCAAACAGUAAUGCAACAAGUUCAGAUUCAGUCUUCCGAUUUAUUUGCUUUCACAUUUGAUUUCCUCUCCCUUGGAGGAAAAAAUAAUAUUAAUAACACUGUACCAGUCAGGCAGAAUACUAUCUAAAUUUGUUUUGCGCAGGAGCUUAAGUCCAUGGACCAGCAAAACGAACAAGCACAAAAAUAAAUAAAGGGGAAAUUGACUGGAACAAAACAUUUCAAUGUGUAAUAUGAAUUCCAGCAUACUGGAGUACCAGAAUUCUAUGCCUCCCUCAUUUCUAUUUCUCUUGUCUGUCUUUUUUAUUUUAUUUUUUCAUGGACUUGCAGUUGAUUCAUUUUUUUGUGCAGUGCUGGGUUGAUCUUAUUUGUUUCAAGUAUUAUAGAUAUAUGUAAUGGUGAAAAUAUAUGAACUGUGGCCUUUUUUUCAUUGUUACUUGUGAUGCAAUUAAGUGAAGAUAAGGAAAAAAAAUGAGAUUAACCAUGUAUCAGUGCCUGGCUUUUGUAUAAAGCUUCUUUUGUCUAGUGCUCUUUUGCUAUACAAAUAGACUCUAGUAUUCCCUGUUGCAUAAAGAAAACUAAGUUAAAAAGCAUAUUUGGCAUAUUUUUCACAAGAUCAAUCCUUUUUUACCAUGAAUAUUCCAAGAUUUAAAAAAAAAAAAGAAGAAUUUUUUUUUGGAAAUGUCCGAUUCUAAAUAUUUCUCUCUGUAGAUUUGCAAUCAUCGUAUGUCAAAGUUUAUUACUUUUAUUUUAAUAUUUAUAAGUUAAUAUUUACCAUUUGUUACUUAGAUAAAACUCUAUGCUAGUUUUUUUUUUUUUUUUUUUUUUUUACAUUUUUAAUUUGGUCGCAGAGGGGACAUAUUGUUUGCGACUGUACAACAAAAAUAAAAAAAUGACAAAAAAAGGGAAAAAAAGAAAAAAAAAGGCAAAAGAAAAAAAUAUGAACAGUUACACCUUGUUCUCAAUGUGUGGCUGAGUGCCUCGACUUUUUUCAUGUUUUUGGUGUGUUUCUGAUUUGUAGAAGUGUCCAAGCAGGUUGUGUGCUGGAGAUCCUUGGAGAAAAAAAAUGCACAGCUUUGUGUAAGCCAUUACCUGUUUCUCAUCUGUAGUUAAUUCAAUGCAGCCAUGUACAUAACCAUUCUGUAGCAAUAAAUGUGCCAUUUUUAUAAAA